UCCUUAUUUUUCCAGAAAUCCACAACGAGAGAGGUUUUAAUUUCCAUACUUUCCAUCUUUCAACAUCUCCACGCUAUUUCUCUUGUCUUGUGCUGCCGAUUUGAUUGGGCAAUGGCGAGCACCGGAAAUUCGAUGCUGCUCUCAUUUCUUAUGUUCACUGUGGUUCUUUCACUUGAAGUGAUCUAUAGAGGGAAGCUAGCAUCAUCAGAGUUAUUCACAAUUCUUGGAGGGUUCAUUAGCUCUCUAUUGUUUCUUUUCUUCUUCAUUUUCAUUGCGAAUUUUCAAGAGUCCAGUGGCACCAAAACUGGGUGGGGUGCUGUUAUAGUUGCUGAAUUAGUCGCUCUAGUUGUUGCUGGUACUGUCCACCGAGUUUGUAUCACAACAUGCUUCUUGUUCUCCGCAGGAUUGUUAUACGAGGUUAAUAAGCUUUCAGCUAUGAUGCAAUCUAGAAGCGAACUGAAAUCCAAGAGACACUGAGCCACUACUUCAUUUGGCAGACACCUAUAGCAUUGGCGUCUACAAAGCCUACAUUUAGAUAUAGAUUCUGGUGUCAACUAGAUUAUUGUAGUUUCGUUCACUGCAAGUCAGGGUAAUCUGUUAUGUUUAUUGGUUAGAUACGCCUUUUGUACCAUGGCAUGGGUGUUGCUUCCCUUGUGUCUCGUCUAUCACAACAAUUUAUGACGAACAAUGUGAAAAAAUCAAUGGCAACAAAUGUUUUCAUGAGUUACUAAUGGGAAGCGAUGUUCUCAUACAUGUUUAGAUGUAGAGUUGUUCAUGCUUCGACUCAUGAAUUGUGUUU